AAAAUAUACAAAAAACACACGCAAAGCGUGAGCACAUGAGACAGCUCCUCUUGAAUUGCGUGUGAAUCGAAUCACUCUAAAGGCAAAUACAAGAUCCUUUUAAAUUUAUCUCUCUGUAGCAACUUAUGUUAUUGUCUCUCUCUUUCUCUUUUCUACACCAUUUCUUGUUUUCAAUGGAGAACAAGUACCUCAACAUCCUUUCCUUUUGUUUCUCCAACACUAUUUGUGGGUUACUUAUAGUUUCUUGGCUUGCAAGAAACAUUAUCUAUUCUAAUGGAUUAAGAACAGCAUUAGCAUGGAGAAGGAAAACAAGAAUGAAGAAGAAUCAAGAUGCUGAAAACAAAAUGUCUUUGUUGGAUUUGCCUGACUUAACCUUAGACUGCAUCUUGGAGAAGCUUUCUCCAUCUGAGCUAUGUGCUAUGAGUUGUGUUUGCUCUGAGCUAAGAGAUAGAUGUGUGAGCGAUCAUCUUUGGAAGAAGCACAUGGAGAAGAAAUGGGGGAGAUUAAUGGGUGAUGCGGCGGUUAAAGAGUGGAAAACUCAUGUCGCCACGUUAAUGUCAUGUCUCAGAAACUCGAAUCCAAGCAGUAGUAGAAGUAACACACAAAAAUGGAGCUUGAGAGUUGCUGCGAAUCUUAAACCUUUUUCAUGGCUAAAAACAAACCAUGGUUGCUACAACAGAUGUUCAUCAUCAUCAUCUCCUAUUGAUUCUUUGAUGUAUUGGUACUCUAAUCUUGAGAGUGGCAAGUUCUGGUUUCCUGCUCAAGUCUACAACCGAGAGAACGGACAUGUUGGAUUCAUGAUGUCGUGUUACGAUGCUAAAGUCAGAUACGAUUACAAGACGGAUACAUUUCAAGCAAGAUACUCAGCGCAUGGUCGACGUGCCGCGGAGGAAAACGUGACAUGGCAGAGACUGAGACCGGCCAUGAUCGAGACAGAGUCACGUGACCUACACGUAUCUGACUCUCUGCAGGGACUAAGACCCGGUGACCAUUUUGAGAUCCAAUGGAGAAGAACUAAAGAGUUCCCUUAUGGUUGGUGGUUCGGAGUUGUGGGUCACCUUCAAAACUGUGUUGGAGAAGAGAAUUGCCGUUGCAUCUCUGACGAGAAUGUGGUGAUGGAGUUUAGACAGUUCAGAACUGAGUCGCCGUGGAAAACGACGGUGUUGAAUAGGAAGGAACACCGUGAGACGGGAAAUGAAGUCGGUGGUUUUUACGGUGGUGUAAAGAAAUUGUGUACAGAGGAAGAGGUUUCUACAUGGAAGCGGUUGUGGCCUGAACAAGUUUUAGAUUAACAUUAUAGAGUCAGUUUUAGAAACGUAUUUUUAUUUUGAUUGUGGUGGGGAGUUUGCUUAAGAAAUUGCAAUCUCAUUUAAUUAAUUUGGGAAUGUCUACUUUGACUGUAACAAAAGUUAUACACUCCCAAAGAAAGCAGAGAGAAAGUAAUUAAUUUGGCUUUGCUUGACGAAAACAAAAACAGAGUAUGCAUAGGUUUUAGAGAAAGAAGGGUUUAUCGCACUUAAAAC